AUGUCGAAGGAUGACACAGUCUGGGGCGAACAAGUACGAGAUGUAUUUUUGUCUAACAGUUACGCCGAAGCUUCGAUUAAAACCAAAUUUUCGAUCAUUCUUCGAACACUUUUUCAAGUUGUGAACCAAGAAUUUUCAACCAUUGGACAAUUUUAUGAAGAAGUGUCAAUCCGACAUCUGGUCAGAAGGCUUCGCGCGGGAAUUCGACUUACGCUAAUCUACUCACUUAUCGGAAUUACUGAGAUUGGUGUGAUGCAAGGCGAAGUGAGCGCCACUCGAAUUGUGUUUGUUUUGAUUGUCAUAUUGAGUUCGGUGAUCUUUUACUGUUGUAGUGCCCGAAUGACAACACCUGGUCGAGUAUUUAACUCAUCCUUUCUGAUUAUACUUCAAAACAUGGCGCUGUCUGUCCUACUGGCCGCGGAUGACUCCGAACCACAACUGGCCGGCUUCAUGACAGGUGUCAUGCUAUUGGUGGCUCUCUGUUUGCUUCUCCCUGUUCGAUACGAUUUGGUUGUGGUUUUGCUUGUUUUGUAUGCCUCCGCUUAUCUGAUCAGUGAUUGGUUACCAGCCGAAUUGAUCUCAAGCAGAUGGGUCGAACACCGCUAUCAGACCGAAGAUGAACACCGGGUUCGUACAACAUUCUGGGUCAAUAUUUUGAUAUGGUUGACUGCACUCAUCGGUGGGAUCCAGCUACACGUAUGGGGCAUUUUGCGGCAGAAAUUUGCAUUUCUUUAUCUGGCUGAUAGCGUACAUGAAUACAAUGCUUGUUUGGAACUGGAAAAACGGCAAAUAUUAACUUUCAAGGAACUGUUACCGGCAUAUUUUCUGUCAAAAUCCAUGGUUAGAAAUAGCCUCACUGAAUCCGACCCAAUAAGUGACACGUUUGUGGAACAAUCCGAGCUCCAAAGUGUAAUCACAGUUUUGGAUCAGCUAAGUGUGAGAGUUGGAUGUGAAAAAUUGGAUAUUUUUGGCAGUACAUAUUUCGCCUACGCUGGCCUGGAUCCUGUAAAAGCACAGAAUCACUGUCAUUUGUGCAUAGAACUAGGUUUGGUGAUGUGUUAUAUGAUUAAACGUGUGGCUCACAAGUACAAGACUCCACUGCGUGUCCGUGUCGGUGUGCACCUGACAUCCACCAUUUUCUCGGCUCUCAUUGGACACAUUCGACCGCGGAUAGAUCUGUUGUCGUAUGACAUGAAUAUAGUGGAAAAAUUACAAGCGACUGGUAUACCGGGACGCGUGCGUGUGACAGAGCUCACUUACCAACAAUGCAAAGACAAGUUUCAAUUUGCUCCGGGUGAUCCUAUUGAACUGACUCAACCUAACGGCGAAUUGUUCCUGAUGGACACGUAUUAUGUUCAUCCACGUUCAAAAUCCAUCUCCAGCUUUCGCCUGACACCGGAAGAAAUUAAAGUUGCAUCGGAGGAAGCAAUCGAUCGAUUGGAAUUGAUAAUGAACCGUGUACCAAACCCAGUGAAUACGAUUCAGAUUGAAUUGGAAAAUCGAUUACGUUUUUCUGUGAUUAAAUCACAACUACAAGUCGAUGAAUCACUGCCUCGUGGAUCCUACUCACUGGAUUCCGAAUUGCAACUUAUUAAUACCGCUAAUAAACCAACAGAACAGGAAUUGAACCAAAUGGCUGUACAAUAUCUGGCGAAUAACAUUCACGAAGCACCAAAUUAUUUCCGUACUCAGUACUUAAACACUCCGAUCAACUUUUGGACUAGGUGUUUCGUUCAACGGGAUGUAGAGCGGAUCUAUCAAAGCCAGCUAUCCCUUGAAUCCGAUCGACAUCUGCUCGACUCGAGCAGUAUGAUCAUCAUCACAGAUAUGAUCAGUUUGACAAUCCAUUUGUUUCUAAUCAUGCUUGUAAUCUAUGUCGUCAUUCAACCUUCGGGAGUAAUGCUUCUAUCGUUUAUAUUAUUGUGCCUGGUGUUUUGUGCUCCGCAGAUUACCAUUCUUUAUUUAUUUAUUCAAAUGGUUAUGGCUCCCACAUGUCAGGACACUAAGCCUAAAUGCAACCCGAAAUUUAUUCAUAAAUGGUUUGUCAAGAAUGUUGUAUGUGAAGUUCUAUUAUUUUUCCAGUCAAUGACACCUACACUGUGCCUUUUAACGUACAUGCUUGUAUUCUUUGACAACGGUGUCCACGAUGAAUCAGCAUAUCAGCUUAUAAUUGCCUUAGAACCACUGGUAUACAUGACACAUAUAUUUCCUUCUAGAUCAAGGUUUGUAACUCGAUUGUGUGGCAUUACAAUAUCCGUGCUCAUUUUCGCUUCGGUCAACGUGUACGCACAAUCUGCAUCUCCGUUACUGUGCACUUACGACCGGUCCAAAUCAGACGUUUAUAGGGAUCAACGUGUGUCUAUUUACUUGCUUGAAAUAUGGGCCAUAAUUUUGAUGACUUGGACCGGAUUCCGAGAGAAUGAUCUGAUCUGUCGUAUUGUUUUCUAUCAGCGUCAUGAACGCAACACUCAGAAAAAGAAAAAGCUGUCUCUAUCGAUUCAAACCCAUCAUCUGAUAUCCGCUCUGAUUCCUACGGGGCUAUAUAAAUGUGUAAAGGCAAUCAGCUUGAUGGAAUUACACCACCCAAGAAAAUUAAGUGCUUACUGGACUGAAAGUUUGAACGCAGGUGUGGCCCACAUCGGAGUGAUCAACUUCCGCCGGGCGAUUCAAAGUGACGACACACAGAAAACGAUACGGCAAAUAAAAACACUACACCUACUGAUAUGUGCACUUGAUCAACUCCUUGCUAAUUCAUCUUUUGGGGAAUUGGACAAAAUCAAAUCCUGGCAACAUUAUUACGUGGUUUGUUCCGGAUUGUUUUCAAAACAAACACGACGCAGUACGGAUUUAAGAGCGCAUUUAGUUGCUUUAAUGGAAUACUGUUUGCUUGUUUUGCAUCAGUUGAAUGAGUUUAACAACCUUCAUUUUCCGGAUUCGGAUGGAUUUAAGCUGGCUAUCGGCUACCACACGGGAGCUAUUUACGCCGGUAUUUCUGGUUCCGUGCGAAUGACACUUAAUACCUGGGGUGACACGGUCAGGUUAGCCCACACGCUCAUGCAACAGGAAGUGGUCAAUCAGAUUGUGGUGCACGAGGCAACUACACUUCUUCUAUCACACCUGUAUGAAUUUCAACCGUGUGGCCAACUAAUACUGAAUACUGGAUACCCAGAGGUGAAUUACAUCCCAGUACAAAUGUUGGAAACAGUAAAGAAGAACCCAGAAGACCUGAACGAUUACCCAACAAAGCCCACCGUCAUUACAGAAAACCGGACCUUCGUUCAAGCUGCGGCGGAUGUGGUGAUUGCUCAUGAACUGUGA